UAUCGAACAACGAUUAAUCAGCCAUUUCCCAAGUGCUCAAAUCGAUCCCCAAUUGACUAACCAUCGAGCGAUCCACCAGGACGAGGGGAAAGAAUCGAUUGUAUGGAGUCCUCAGUUUUAUACACUUCAGGAUCUGGGAAAAAAUAUUGAGGGAAGUUUUGUAGGACUCGUGUCGUAGGGGUUAAGAUGGUUGGGAAUUCUCCGAUGGGUUAGACUUUAUUGGAAGUAGUUGCAAUUAAAAAAUAUAUAUUAAGGGCAAUUGCAUUGGGAAAACCCGAAGGGACUAGGAUGAUGUGGAAAUAUGAAGGAAAAUAGUAGUUCACUCGCACAGGGUAGGGACACUGAGAAGGUGACCGGUGCUGGCCACGGGAUUGGAAGAGAACUGGCUAUCAAACUUGGUGGAAUGGGCUGCAUAGUUAUCUGCUGGGAUAUAAAUAAGGAUCGUAAUCUGGAUACGAAGAAUGCAAUAGUCGAUGCUGGAGGCGAGGCCUAUGACUUUGUCGUUGACAUAUCGAACAGAAUCGAAGUUCGAGAAGCAGCGAGAUUGAUGCGAAAAUACCGUGUGCCAGAUGUAACUAUUCUUAUCAACAACGCCGCUGUCCUCAUGCAUAAAUCAUUUCUUGAUCACGACGUUGAUGACGUUGAGAGGACCUUCGGGGUCAACAUUUUUUCUCAAUUCUGGACUGUGGAAACAUUCCUACCCGGCAUGCUGCAAAAUAAAAAAGGUCACGUCGUGGCGAUUUGCAGUCUUUGCGGAAUUUAUGGGGUGACGCAAAAGGUCACGUAUUGUGCGUCGAAAUUUGCUGUUCGAGGAUUGAUGAAUGGACUUCGCGAAGAGCACAAGUCCCGGCCAUUUGUUAAUUUCACCACAGUCUACCCCUUCUACGUUGCCACUGGUCUAGCCCAAGAUCCGAAAUACAGGUUCUCAUGGAUUUUUGGGGCGAUUUCACCAGAAUAUGCAGCAGCAGAGGUUAUCGAGGCCGUCCAGAGAAAUUAUAACGAUUAUAUCAUACCGAAAUGGCUACAUCCUCUCAACUUCAUUCUUGGAAUUCUUCCCCAAUCAUCAGUGGAUUUGAUUCUCAAUUUCCUGUCGAGUAAAAAAUCCCAGAAGUAAUUUAUCAAAUUAGUUUGACGAGCGUGAGAAUAUGACGCAGACACAUCUGAUCUCUCGAUAAUUGAUGAAUGCAAAAGACUUUUUUAUUGUAUAAUUUUCUGGAAAGAGUGAUUAGGUAAAAUAACGAAUGAUUCCAAUCGAUGCGAUUCUCCCACUAUCGCCGUCACAUGUAAUUGCAUGACUAUAAGAAUAUAAUGUACAGAGGAAGUAAUUAGAUGCAUUGUUACUUGGAAAGAUUAUUACAAAAAAAACGAUACGGUCAUUAGUAAUCAUUAGGGGAUAUCAAAUUUAUUGGUUAUUACACGCAGUUAUCGAAGACAGCAUUUAUCGGUUAUCAUUCAAUACGGGUGUGAGAAGUCAAGCAUAAAGAGAUUGAAAAAAAAAAAGUUGAAAAACAUUGGCUUUGUCCAUUGCAAAAUGGCAAAGCUAUUGCAAAAUCUCUGAGUGUUGUGUUUAUUGAAAACGAUAGUCAAAGAUACUUCCGGAAUAAAGAUUAAUUUUUUUGGGGAAUAGUUUUUUGUAGGUUGAACAUAAAAAAAAAUUAUGGUAUUUGUCAUUAAAUUUAGAAUUUUUUUUGUUAUUUGAGGGACAGAGAUAAAAAAAAGUUUAAUAAAGGGAAAGCAAAGUGGGGGGUUCCAAUAUUUUAGAUUAAAACCAUUAAACACAUAAAUAAAUAAAUGAAUAAAUAAUACGAGAAAUGGAUUUUAAUAGAUUUUUGUAAAUUGAUGUUUAAUGUAUUUUUAUUUAGUGUUUAUUAUUCGUUUAUUUGUUAAUAUAUUUGAUGAUAUUUUCGGUCGUCAAUAUUUUGACGUCGACAUUUUGAAACUAUAAAUGUUCGGUUUUGGUAUUUUGGUAAGUUUUUUAGUCACAAAUAUUCAUAAAAAAAGCUCAAAUUAAUUAAAAUAAAUUGUUAGAAUUAAUCAUUAAUAUGAAUGACUGCUUAAAAAUAUAGAGACAAAGUGAUCAUGCGAUAAAUUUGAACUUUUACUUUUUUUGUGUAAAUUGAUACUCAAUAAUAUUGAUAUUCAUUAUUUAUUACUCGUUCAUUUGUUAGUAUAUUUUCUGAUACUUUUAGGUCGUCAACAUUGUGACGUCGACAUUUUGAAACUAAAUUUGAGAUUGAAUUUCUGUGGUGUGAAUUGAUACUCAAUAAUAUUAAUAUUCAUCAUUUAUUAUUCGUUGAUAUGUGAAUAUAUUUGCUAAUACUCUUGCGUUAUCAAUAUAUUAUCAAAGAUAUUUUGGUGUGAAAUAUUGAAAAAUAAUAAACUCGUGUAGCGCGUGAGCGGUUCUAGCAACACAAAAACUCAAAAAUUCCGAAUUGAAUUUAAAUAAAAUGUCGCUAAAUUAUGCGCUUAACUUUACUCCAUCGAAAUGAAUAAUUUUUUGGGCUGAACGAAUCGAGUUGAUAUUCAAGGCAGGCCAAUAAGAAUAACCGGUGUGACGUAAUAGAAUCUGGAUUUUCCCGGAUACACAUGACGAAUUCCUCUUUUUUGUUUUAUUUAAUUUUUUUUCAAUUAUUUCGAAGUGAUGAAUUACUAGCCCAUAUAAUGAAUUAUUUACACUGUCAUUAACGGUUCACUAUCUACUUUCCAUUUUCGUCAAUUAGUCUUUCAAAUAUUUACAAAUAAAUUUGGUAUAUUUUUUUAUCAGUUGCAUCUGCUAAUUUUUUAGUUGUAAAAGGUCGCAUACAGUUUGAUUAAUUGAGAUUGUCAACUAACUCUCUGGUAUGAAUCACUAAGUAUUGACAACAUGGCCAAGCUGAGUUGACUCUAAACUACCAAACCUGGCAUUUCCUAACAUGUGUGUGGCUUCAACCGACGAUGAUGCCAAUCUAGGGCCAACGUUAUCUCGAUAGGUCACCCCGAAGCCCGGUAGUGACCCUAGCUCCUAGCCUGGUUCAAGCUUGUGGCCAGGCUAGGAACUUUCUAGAGUGGCUCUGGCUUCAGCCAAUGGUCAUCCCAAUGGAGUCAUAAAAUUAUGGAAAAUUUAUUGGAGUCGAUUAUGGUUUAUUUUUAUUUAAAAAAUCAACACUUGUCUUAUGUUAAUAGUCGAUUAAUGUCAAGUUGGUUAAUUAAAUGGACAUCACCUGCACGACUCAAUGUAUUCAAUACGAAGUUUCUUAUAUAUUAUGUUUAAGUGGUUGAUAUCAGAUUUUUCUAACAAUGUUAUAAAUGGAAAAUAAAAUAAAUAUGUGUUGAUUUUGAUUUCCAGUCUAUUUAAUUC